AUGGCACACAUUCACGCCCUCGAACCCCAAGUGACCAACUCCAACUAUGCCAAGGGCCGCAACACCGGCACGGGUCACAAAUUCCCGGACACGCCAGUGUUCCAAGGAAUGAACAAACCCUCGCGUUUUGAAGGAGAUAUAUACGAUCUCGAAGUUACGGGGAAUAUCCCGAAAGACAUCAAUGGCACCUUCUACAGGGUCCAGCCAGACCACCGGUUCCCCCCAAUUUUCGAGGACGACAUCCAUUUCAACGGCGAUGGCAGCGUGACGGCCAUUAGGAUCGUGGAUGGACAUGCCGACUUCAAGCAGCGCUACGUACGCACCGAUCGCUAUGUAGCCGAGAACGCUGCGCGCCGUAACCUUUUUGGUAAAUAUCGCAACCCGUUUACGGACAACGAGAGCGUCAAGGGCGUCAUUCGGACAGCAUCUAACACCAACAUCACCUUCUGGCGGGGUAUGCUACUCGCCAGCAAGGAAGAUGGCCCGCCGUUCGCCAUGGACCCUGUGACGCUGGAGACUAUUGGCCGGUACGACUUUGAAGGACAGAUCUUGGCACCCACGUUCACUGCACACCCCAAAUUCGACCCCGAUACGGGUGAGAUGCUGUGUUUUGCCUACGAGGCUGGGACUGAUGGCUCCGACUGCGCCGCUGACGUUGUCACUUGGACGUUCGACGCCGACGGCAAAAAGACUGAGGAGCUAUGGUUCGAAGCCCCUUACGCGGGCAUGAUCCACGAUUGUGGUAUCUCCAAGAACUAUAUGGUCCUCCCCUUGACCCCGCUCAAGAUGUCCCUGGACCGGCUUAAGCAAGGGGGUAACAAGUUUGCUUGGGACCCAAAAGAGGACCAGUGGUACGGUUUAGUCCCGAGACGUGGUGGUAAGAAAGAGGAUGUCAUCUGGUUUAAGGCGGAUAAUGGCUUUCAGGGACAUGUAGCCGGAUGCUACGAGAACGAGGAGGGGAAGGUCGUCCUUGAUCUUACCGUGGCUGACGGGAACGUGUUCUUCUGGUUCCCAACAGAAGAGGAAGUGGCAGCAGGGGCGCCGCUGAAGCCAAACCGCCUCAGCAGCCCGACACACCGCUGGGUAUUCGACCCAAAGGCCAAGACAGGCACCAAGGUCAGCCCAGCAUUUACUUGGCCGACCAGUGGAGAGUUCUCCCGCAUCGAUGACCGCUGGGUUACCAAGAAGUAUCGUCACUUCUGGCAAUUAGGGAUUGAUCCCAGCAGGCCUUACGACUUUGAGAAAUGUGGGCCACCGGCUGGUGGCUUAUUCAACUGCAUUGCACGUUACUCCUGGGAUCCUGAAAACGAUAUGCAGACCGGCGAGGAGGAUGUAUAUUUCGCAGGGCCGACCAUGACGUUCCAAGAGCCGAGUUUCAUCCCGAGGAAUGGAGGGGCAGAGGGUGAAGGGUACAUCAUCGUGCUUCUCAACCAUCUCGAUGUGCUCCGGAACGAUGUCGUCAUCUUUGACGCUCAGAAGAUUGCUGCAGGCCCCGUGGCCACGCUCCAUCUGCCUCUGAAAUUGAAGCUCGGGUUCCAUGGGAAUUUUGUUGAUCACAGAGACAUAGAAGAGUGGCAGAAGCGUCGGGAGGGUGCGCUGGGGCCCGUAAAGCCUGCGAGAGAGCCUUUGCCGUGGCAGAAAGCGCUGGCCAAUGGCCAAAUCCAUACGAAUGGGGUGGCAUCUGAGGUGAACGGAAGCCACUGA